CGCGCGCGCGCUCACAUCAGAGCUAACGUCCCGACGCACCGGCCUGUCACGGUGGGCGCGCAUGUUGCUGCAUCCGCGCUUUUCGGAGCGCCGAUCAUCGUCCCGUUUGUUUUCGGAUGUGAUUAGGCGCGACGAGCAGACGCUGUCACUUCACUCCCGAAAGGGGAUCUAGUCCCUCGCGUUGUCUCUGGAAGUCGACGCUCUCCAUGGCGUUCGACCGUCGCGAUCAACUGAUCAUCUGUGCCGACGCCGCCGGCUCGGCCCCACCAGCGCGGGUCAGGUAAGCCCACGGCUCACGCGCCUGUCAGUCCCCGGGUCGUGCCAGAAGACGCUGCGUGGCCUUUUUCGGGUCGUCUAGGGACGCGACACAACAGGAACAACCGGCGCCACUUUGAUAAUCUUGUGUUUCCGCGCGGUGACAACACGCAACAAACUCCGUGACGGCGACAUGACCUCCUCGGAGACGAAGGAUAACACUCCUGCCGGCUAGGACACGCUGUCCUCCGAAGGAUACCGCGCCGCCCUGGGACGCGAUGCGGGCCGGCCUGCUCGCCGCUGUUGUGGUCGCCGCCGGUGUGCUGUGCUGUUGUUGUUCGGGCGGACGUGUGGCGGCAGUGCCUCGCUUCCAGGGCAGCGGGUCGUCGGCCUCUUCACACGCGCAGGGCUCGGCCAACGCCACCAGGCGCCUCCUGCCACCCGAGCAGUUCUGCCAGAGCCUGGGAUGCUCCUGUCACCUGGAACCGAGGCUGGCCUGCCAGCUGGAAAGCGACCGCAUCGCAGCCAUCCCACGACUCCUGACGCAGGAGCGCGCCGAAAAGAUCACAGACAUAAGCAUCGAGAACCAGAUAAGCUUCGAAGAGCUCAACGAGACUCAGCUGCAGUGGUACCCUUCCUUGAAGACGCUGACCAUUCACAAGUGUGGCCUGAAGUAUGUAUCUCCCAAAGCCUUCCAGCACAACCAGGAAAUCCAGAAAAUCGAUCUGCGGUUCAACCAAAUAGAAGCGAUUGCCUGGACUGCCAUCGAGGGACUACAGACUAUAGAACUGCUGAUCAGCGACAACAGGCUGUCGUGCAACUGCAGCAGCAAGUGGAUCCAGCUGCAGAUCGCGCGCAACAGUAGCAUCUUCGGGCCACUGGGCAACAAGAUCGAGUGCUGGCCACCAGAUGGAAGCCCGAAGCCAGUGCUCUUGGCCACCUAUCCCAUUACAGGAUGUGACAUUCCCGAGGUGGAGGUCUUCAACACGAGUGCUGAGGUGUUCGAGCGCGAGCGCGUGACACUGACGUGCCGCGGCUGGGGUCAGCCGUCGCCCAGGGUUCACUGGAACACGACGCGGGUCGAGGCGGCGCCCUUCGAUGUCGCCAACACGGUCUCCGAGGAGAUCGGCCCCGACGGUCGCCCCCACCAGGUCAAGAUUGCCGAACUGAUCCUGCACGGCGUGGAUGGCACGGCCAACGGAGUACUGCGAUGCUACGCGGACAACGUUGUCGGUCGCUCCAAAGCCGAAGUCAGCUUGACCAUCUACACGCCGCCCCGCAUCUUGUCGAUGGAACUGAGCAAGAGCUACUACCAACACAUAAAGUACGAAGCGGUCGCUUACCCAGCCUACAACUUCUCCUGGUACUUCAACAACCAGCCUCUUGUCCUGGACGACAAGAAUGAAAAGACUGAGAAGAACAAGUACAGCGCAGUGAAUGUCAAGACAGACGCUGCCAUCUACAAAGGUUACCUGGAGUUCCAGACCGACCUUCCCUCGAACGCGGGUAUCUACACUCUAGUCAUUGAGAACGAGUACGGCGUCGCCAACAGAAGUCUCGAGGUGGCCUUCACGCCAUUUCCCAGUAACAGACCCAACCUGCCCCGAAUGCCAGUGCCGUCGGGAAAGCCCCGCGUCCAGGAGCAGACCACGAUGACGGACGCCGAACAGCACCAGAUCCCGAUGAUCGUGGCGCUGAGCGUGCUACUGGUGCUGGUGGCGGUGGGCGGCGCGCUGGUGACGCUGCGCUGGUGCCAGUUCCGGCAGGACUACGCGGCCGAAGGCACGCGCUUCUCCACCUGGCUGUGGGACUCGCUACGACCGGGCGGCCGGCGCUGCUUCGACCGCAAGAGAGCCGUGGUCACGGGCCGAGAGCGCAUCCCGCUCAACAUGGCGCGCAUGGUCGAGAACCCGAACUACCCCGUCUACCACCAGGAGACGCUGAAAGGCGGAAAAACUGUGCGGCACAUAGCGCGCGAGAAGAUCAGCUUCAUACAGUCGCUGGGCGAAGGCGCGUUCGGACGCGUGUUCCUGGGCACCGUGGACUACCUGAGCCCCGACGAGCCGACGACGCUGGUCGCCGUGAAGACUCUCAAGGACGCGGCUGUCGAAGAGGCGCGCGUCGACUUCGAGCGGGAGGCCGAACUGCUCACCAACCUGCAGCACGCCAACAUAGUGCGCUUCUACGGAGUCUCCACCGACGGAGAUCCGCUGAUGAUCCUCUUCGAGUACAUGGAACACGGAGACCUCAACAAUUUUCUCAGGGACCGUGGCCCGGAUCGGUCGGUGCUUGAUCCAGGUGCUAAGGCCGUUGCACCUCUGACAAGGGCUGACCUUCUGAAGAUAUCCGUUCAGGUGGCGGCAGGCAUGCAGUACCUGGCAUCGCAGCACUUCGUGCACAGAGAUCUGGCGACGCGCAACUGUCUAGUCGGUGACAUGCUGGUCGUCAAAAUAGGCGACUUCGGUAUGUCGCGGGACGUCUACAGCACAGAUUACUACAGGGUUGGACGACAUACCAUGUUGCCCAUCCGGUGGAUGCCUCCAGAAAGCAUCCUGUACCGCAAGUUCACCGUAGAGUCAGACGUCUGGAGCUUCGGCGUCGUGCUCUGGGAGAUAUUCGCGUUCGGCAAACAGCCUUGGUACGAGCUGUCAAACCACGAGGUUAUCCAGCAAGUCACAAGCGGCAAGCUGUUGGCCAAACCCGAGGGAUGUCCCGAAGAGAUCUACAAGAUGAUGCUGACCUGCUGGAAGAUGCAACCGCAGGACAGAUGUCCCAUCAAGGAGCUUCAUUCGCAAUUGGAGAACUACUGUAACGCCGAGUCGGAGUACAUGCCCAUCAUCGAGUGACACCGGAGCUGCCCCGACUUCAGGACCGCGCCUCGCUCUGCGUGCUCCCAACCAUGCUGGGGACUCACAAGAUGGCCGUCGUCACGUGCUCUUUCCAGCGAGCAAAUAGCUGAACAGCUCACGCUACACUUUGCGCAGCCUACCCCCGUCUACCUCCCGCGUGUAAGGAGACCUUGUAUCGCAGAACACGAAUUAGGCACGGCGACUACAUGUGGAGAGCGAAGUGACGUCUAAUUCGAAACACUCGUUGGCACAUGGAAGCGACUCUGAAUUUGACUCAAUAUCCGACACUUGUGUUUCAUCCAGUUUCGUUGGCGGUUGCACCAAUCAAAGUGACUCUGUAUCCUUGUACAUUGAUCAUUCCGUUGGCUGCCAUAGCUUCAAGGACCACUAGGGCCUAUUUGUGCCGAGUGUAAAUCGCCGAUAUAAAUACGACGUACAUAACGUAACCGGUCAUUCGUAGUGCUGGCAACAACGGAUGAGACAGCGCCCAGCAACAAUGUAGGUUUUAUAAGAUCCUAGAAGAGGUGCACAAGAUGAACCACUCUUCAAGACAUGUAACCCUUGAUGGCAGACCAUAGUGAGAAAAAGACACCGCCAACGAGUGAAACUAGAUGCAUGCAUAGUAACUAACCACCUCUAACAAGCAAGAUACUUCGUGUUGUGAAAUGUCAUCUAUUGGAAGCAAAAAAAAACAAAUGAAGUGUAGUCGCUGAAGAUAGAAAGAAAUGCUUCUCUGCUUCGGCACCUUUGCGUGUGGUGUCACAAAAGUCACGGACCAACAGGCUCGACGCCUUUUAUUUUUGUGCGUGUUUUCAACACAUCGGUUUAU